ACACUCUCCUCCUCCACUACUCAAAUUCCUUCUUUUCGAUUCGAUACCUGGCGUUCAUGGAUGAAGACCGAGAGAAACGUCACCGUUUCAAACGGCCAAGCUCAGUUGAUUGGAUAAGCAGCUUACCAGAUUGCUUGCUAUCCCAGAUCCUCUCGAAUCUCCCCACCAAAGACGCGGUCAAGACCAGUGUCCUCUCCACCAGAUGGAGAAGCCUCUGGAAACAAGUACCUUCUUUGGAUUUAGCGAACUUCGAUUUUUCCUUGUAUUUCCCAUACUGCCCCAAGUUCUUAACAUUCGUCGACAGCUUCCUCCUCGAUCUCAACAGAGAUUCUUGCUUACACGAGUUCAAAUUAAAGUACGAUUCCGACGGAGAGACCGAUCAUCUCAGCCGUUGGAUCAACACUCUCGUCAAACGUAAAGUGAAACACAUCGACAUCGUAGACGAAUCGAACGCAAGCUGGGAUUUCCCGAUCCCGACGACGCUCUACUCUUGCGAGAGUCUGGUCUCUUUAAAGCUCUCUGGGCUAACUUUACCUAAUCCAAACCUCGUUGUUUCUUUACCUUCUCUCAAGACUAUUUAUCUCACUAUCGCUAAGUUGACGUUGGAGAGGCUAAUCCCGCAAUGUCCGGUUCUGGAAAGCUUAGGUAUCGAUAGCAGCUUUUGCGAUGACGUUGAGGUUUUGCGUGUGCGGUCUCGGUCUCUGCUGAGGUUCACUCAUCUUUCCGACUGCUGUGAUGAUUCGGAUGAGGAGUUUGUGGUUGAGAUUGAUGCUCCCAAGCUAGAGUAUUUCAGGGUUGGUGAUCAAGAUACUGUGUUUAGCUUGGAUUAUGAUAAGAGUUUUGAUCCGAAUGAUGGACAGAAGAGGAAUGUGAUUCGUGGUUUUCUUGUGGGGAUCUCUAGGGUCAAAGAUAUGACCAUCGCCUCGAGUACUCUUGAGGUCAUUUAUGAUUACUCAAGAUGUGAGCCACUACCUUUGUUCCGUAACCUAACGUUCUUGCGUGUUGAGUUCUACGGCUACAGGUGGGAGAUGUUGCCAGUCUUUCUUGAGAGCUGUCCCAAUCUGAAGUCCCUUGUCGUGGGAUCUAUUAGAGGUCGGGAGAAGGAAGGAGUUCAUAUUUUGUUCGAACCUCAGUGUUUCCUACCAUCUCUAGAGUAUGUUAAGAUAGAGAGGCCGUUGAAAGGGGAGGCGAUGGAGAUUAAGCUAGUGAGUUACUUACUUGAGAACUCGAGCAUCCUCAAGAAACUGACCUUAUUGUUGGAUGUUUCCAGAGAGAGAGAAGAAUCUGACAUUCUCAAAGAACUCCUUUCCAUUCCAAGACUCUCUAGCUCAUGUCAAGUUGUUGCUCUCUGAUAUGAUCCUUAUGUUUAAAUAGUUUUUUUUUUUAUUAAAAAAAUCAUUAUAUUACUCAAA